AGAGACAGCGAAUGCUCUCGUGCGGGACGUUGCGCGGGCAAGACGCCUGACGCCGGCGCGGCCGCGGUGUAACGAGAGGUCAUUGCUGCUCGCGGUGUCUGGCGCGGCCCUGCAAGUGUCCGGCUCAGCCGGCGCAGAGCCUGUUGUGCGCUUCACCUGCAUUGACUCCCAUCACAGCAAGACUAUGAAGGUACAAUGGAAAUCUCAUUCUACAGGCGAGCAGAUGAGGACACAGACAAGGUGUUCAAGGCACAUAUGUUCUGGAACAGCACAGAAAGUGUCUUCUGCCUGCCACUUCUUCCUCACUGUAGACAGCAGUCUUCCUGAGGGACACUGAGGGGGCCGAUAGUAUUUGCUCACGUGUGCUUUUCCCUUGGAGAGUUCAGAACAUUGUAGCCAGCCUCCUGUGGAGUCAGUGAAUGAGAGAGGGGGAAGAUGGUGUGCAGAAGACCCAAGUCCCAGUCUAUUUGUAGCCUAGUACCAGGGAGUGAACACCAGGAGAUUCUUAGACUCUAUACGUAAAGACAAACCCGUGUUCCCCGUUCAUCAUGGCUUCAACUUCAAGUGGCCUCACUGCUGGGCGAGGUGUCAGCCCAAAGCUGAAGUCUGUGAAGGUGCUUGAGGUUCUGAAAGCUCUGGAGGAGGAACCUGGCUGCAUCAGGGAAGAGAUCUUUAUCUCCCCACCUGACAGUGCUGCAGGGGACUUCACGGAUGAGGACUCCGGUGAUGAAGAUGGCCAGCAAGGUGCCCAUCUGCCCAGCAGUGUCCUGCAUGCCUCUGUUGUGCCUGAGGGUGACAGCCCAGGGGAGGAGGAGGACCUGCUGCUACAACCAGCUGUGAAGAAGCAGAAGGCAGUAGUGGAACCUCAGCGAGUUUGGACCAAAAGAGAUAUCCGACCAGACUUUAGCCUUUGGAUGGGGUUAGAUCCUCAUAUGGAGGAUCUCAAAAGCCAGGAACUGAGUCCUGUAGGCCUCUUUGAGUUGUUUUUUGAUGAAGGAACAAUUAAUUUUAUUGUUAAUGAAACCAAUCGUUAUGCUUGCCAGAAAAAUGUCAAUCUGGGUCUCACAGCUCAGGAACUUAAGUGUGUUUUGGGCAUUUUGAUUUUAAGUGGGUAUAUAUCCUACCCCAGGAGAAGAAUGUUUUGGGAAACAUCUCCUGAUUCACAUCACCAUCUUGUAGCUGAUGCAAUUAGAAGGGACAGAUUUGAACUGAUAUUUUCAUAUCUGCAUUUUGCAGAUAACAAUGAGCUGGAUGAAAGUGAUCGGUUUGCCAAGGUUAGGCCUCUUAUUGUCCGAAUGAAUCGCAAUUUCCGGCAGCAUGCACCGUUGGAAGAGUUCUACAGCUUUGGCGAGUCCAUGUGCGAAUACUUCGGGCACAGGGGGUCUAGGCAGCUGCCCACAGGGAGAUCCGUGCUGCUGGGCUGUAAGAUGUGGUGCGGCACGACCAGCCGGGGGUAUCUGGUGUGGUUUGAACCCUCGCAGGCCACGCUGUUCACCAAGCCAGACCGGGGCCUGGACCUGAGGGGCAGCAUGGUCAUAAAAUUUGUAGAUGCACUUCAGGAACGUGGUUGUCUGCCAUACCACAUAUUUUUUGACAAGGUUUUUACAAGUGUGAAACUGAUGUCCAUUUUGAGGAAAAAAGGGGUGAAGGCCACAGGAACUGUAUGUGAAUACAGGACUGAGCGAUGUCCCCUUAAAGAUCCCAAAGAACUCAAGAAAAUGAAGAGGGGUUCCUUUGAUUACAAAGUGGAAGAGCAUGAGGAGGUCAUUGUGUGCCGCUGGCAUGACAGCAGUGUCAUCAACAUCUGCUCCAAUGCCACCGGCAUAGAGCCGGUGGGGCUGUCCAGCCGUCCAUCUGGAGCAGCCAGGGUACAGAGCCAGGUCUGCCAGCCGUCCCUGCUGAGGCUGUACCAAGAGAAAGCAGGGGGUGUAGGGCGCAUGGACCAGAACAUGGCCAGGUAUAGGGUGAAGAUACGAGGCAUGAAAUGGUACUCGAGCUUUAUGGGCUACAUCCUUGAUGCUGCUCUCAACAACGCAUGGCAGCUGCACAGGAUCUGCUGCCGUGACUCACAGGUAGACCUCCUUGCGUUCCGCAGGUAUGUGGCCUGCGUAUACCUGGAGAGCAAUGCCAACAUGACGUCCCAGGGAAGGCGGAGCCGGCGGCUGGAAACUGAGAGCAGGUUUGACAUGAUUGGGCACUGGAUUGUACACCAGGACAAGAGGACCCGGUGUGCACUCUGCCACUCACAGACCAACACCCGCUGCGAGAAGUGCCAGAAGGGUGUGCAUGCCAAGUGUUUCCGGGAAUACCAUGUCCGGUGAUGUGUGGGCAAAGAGACCCCUGAUGAUGCCUGGCAGGGGGAGCUCCAGUGUCUGCUGUAUAGUGAGAUGUACAGCAGUUGGAGCACUUGUGUUUUAUUUGAAUUGCAAAAAAGAGACCUAAACAGGUGAUGAAUGAUGUGGUAUUUUCUCCCCAUCUCCGUAACACUUAUCUUUUCCUUUAAGUUUAUUAUGCCCACAUAUAAUAUAAAUUAACAUUUAUAUUAAUAAUCAUAAAUGUUUGGAAAUCUAUAUGUUUUGUUACAUUAUGUUAUUUAUGUAUUUUUCUUAUUCAGAAAAAUCUUGCUUUGGGAUAUAGCUGCAUCCUAGUAAGGACGAUCAUAUGUAACAAAAUCCUUUAGAGAAACUUUCAUGAACAAUAAAAUAGGUUUCACAAUUGUGUUGUAAUGAUUAUAAUGUAAGAUAUAGGCAAUAGUAUAUAAAUCCUGUAUCAAUAUAAUGAAGGAUAUGUUAGUUAUACUUAUUUCACUUUAACUCAAUGCUACCAAACUGUCCAGGCAUAGAUAAUCUGCAUUGUAUUUAUCCAGAGGGCUACAUUUGUAGUUUGUAUUUUCUUGAUAAAAAAUAUUUUCCUAAUAAAUAUAUAUCCAUGUGGAAUUCACUUUUUAUAAAUAGUAUGAGGUGUAAGGAUCUGUUUUUUUCCCCCUCAGAUGGGUGGUUUGCAUAAUUAUUUGGCCACUGAUGUAAGUUCUAUCUUUAAAAGUUUCUGAAAUCAGGAAAACUAUUGAAAUCUAGGAAAUAUUUUUUGUUGGAAAACCUAAUGGAAUAUAUUGCAGAAAAAUAAAAAAUUAAAAAUAUUUAAAAAAAAAUACAAAAUAAUUUGGAUCUAUCAAAAAUCAAAGAAAGCAUGUUGAAUAUUUUUCUCUUUGUUUGGGAAAGAACUUUCUAUAAGCACAAAUCAAAAAGGAACACGUCAGUAUAUUUGACUGUAUAAAACUAUAAAAUUGACUUUCAUUAUCAAAGUUAAAAUGCAACGAAAUUGAGAAAACACUCCAAAUUGUUACAUUUGUAGUAGUAUCCUCAGUGAAUUGAGAUUUCAUAAAAACCUAGAUGACAAAGGUAAAAUGUACAAUGUUAUAUAAAAAGACAAAUGAUGGAAGAUGUAAAACAAAUGA